AUGUUUUUAUCUGCGAAGAUGUUGUUUAGCAUGGUGCUUAUUGCCUGUGUGGUGUCCUUCCUCUGCGCCGAUCUCUCACGAUUGCCGACGCAGGAGAGUGCGAUGCUGGAAAUUAGCCGACUUCUUCAUAAGACAGAGGAUUGCAGCAUUUGUGGCGAAGUUCUGCGCGGCCUGGACGCCUUUCAACUGUCUCGGAGCAUCUCGCUCAUACGGGCCACGCAGGGUUACGAUAAACCACAUAGCGCCUUUGUCCGCGCAUGCGAGGAAAACCCAAACACCCUCGGCUGUGACACGGCGCUUGACAGGGAUCGUGCGGAGAGGACGAAACGAGCAUCAAUGAUCAUGCUGGAGAUGGGGCAGCUGCCUGAGUCGAAAGAGCAGGGUGUAUCCGACCUUCUGAGUCGUCGCUACGAUGACUUUGUGACGUAUCUCAUAAAUGAAAGGGAACAAGAAAGGUGUCUAACUUGUGUCGUCGAGGCUGGUCGCGUGCCGCGCUUGGUAGCGAGCCCCCUAGCCGAUGUUUUUCUAGACUGUACGUGGUACCACAUUUACCCAAUCAAUGAACGUCAUCAGGCUUUUUGCUGGAGGCACUGCGAAGGACUACUGACGUACCUGGAAAGAGUAUAUUUAUGGCUUCUGCGAUUUUACGUCACGCGAUCAGUGAGAUUCCACCUCAUGGCGUUGCAAAGUGAGCAUUUCACUAUUGCCUUGAUACUAGGGCAGCUGGCUCUGCUUGUCGUAAUACUGCAGCGGUACGUCACGGAUGUAAAGGGUGGGGGCGGCGGUGGGUCACACUUCGGCGGCAAUUUGCACACUGAUAAUACUGCAACUGCGGGACAGAGAGGUGCCUCGCGUCGGACAACGCUGGGACGUGGUAAGGGCGGCGGGAGACGAGAUUAG